UUCACAGGCCACACUCCUUUAGUCUGCUUAGGUCUGAUUAACCUGAGCCACAUAGUUCCUCUGUAACCCUCUGCAUGUUUGUCUACAAGGACCUCUGCCACAUCCAAGUUCAUACUGCUCAGAAACAGUGAGCUUGGGGUGUUCCUUUUAUCUUGAUCUCCCUUUGACAAAGAAGUCCAGAUGACACAGAACCCUCUGAAGACAACACCUGAAAAAUGGCAGUCUUGGAAAUAACUUUGGCUGUCAUCCUGACUCUACUGGGACUUGUUAUUCUGGCUAUUUUAUUAACAAGAUGGACACGACGCAAACAAAAUGAAAUUGAUGUCUCCAGAUACAGUUCAGAACAAAGUGCUGGUCUUCUGGACUAUGAAGAUGGUAGAGAUUUUCCCUCUCAGAGAUCUAAAAGAGGAAGAGGAUUCCGACAUUUAUAUUCAACAGAAAGUGACACUUCAUAUGAUGAUCGAGAGGGAUCCAAAGGAGAUUACACACUGUCUCAAUCAAGUAUUGCUUUGGUGCAAGGAUCCAUGAGUAAUACAAAAGCCUUCAAAGCAACUUCAGAACCUUUAUCAGGCAGUGCAGGACCCACAACUGGAGCCAUUGGACCCAUAAUGCAAUUCACAGCACCAAUUCCUGGCGGUACAGGACCUAUCAAGCUGUCUCAAAAAACCAUUGUGCAAACUCCAGGACCUAUUGUGCAAUAUACUGGGCCCAAUGUGGAAACUUCAGAAAUGACCACUACAGAAUCCUCUCUGGAAUCAACUCCUCACACAAACAAGGGAGCAGUUCCACCUACCCUCACUGGUCCACCACCUUCAGUGCACAGUGGUUUGCCCUUGGCACCAAUAAUGAUUUCACAAAGAACCUCAACAAGACCUGAGAAAUCUAAGAUAAGACAAGAAUACCCAAUAAUUGGUCCAGUAUCAGCUGUGGACAGUUCUGGAAAAAUCACACUAACUCCUAUGGUUAAGACUCCAGAAUCCAGUGAGACGAUCUCAGGACAAACAGAAACUUGUUCAACAUUCAGCAGAAAAUAUUCAGCAACAACAGGAAAUAUUGAGAGCAUCCUCAAAAAAAAUGCACCACCUACUGGCAUGACUUCUCCUUCCCCUGGAAAAGUUGUAAAAUCUACAGCAAAAUCAGCUCCACUCUUAAGUAAUUGGAAAGAAGAUUCAAAAUCAGAAGUAAAAAGUGGCACUAAAGAAGCAAGAAAUAUGACCCCAAAACAGGAUAUUUAUUUGAUAAUUCAGGGAGUCCCUUUACAAAAUAGCCAGAGUGGUCCUAAAUGGCAGCAGAAGCCAGGAGUAAGUAGCCUUGAGAAGACCUAUGAAAAGAGACAAAAACAGAAAACUGGAGUGAAAGUUGAAGAGCUUCCUAAGAAAACUCAGAGUAAAGAAGAGAGAAGAGAAACAAAGGACAAAAGAAAAGAUACUAAGAAGGACAUGAAUAAGGAAAAAGAAAUAGAUAAGGCCCAAUCAAUGGAAGGAGGUGGUGAAAAAUAUAAAGAGGAAAAAAACAAAAAGAACUAUAAGAAAGGAUAUGAGGACAAGAUAGAGGACAAGGAUAAGGAGGGAGUGGAAGACAAGACAGAGGACAGGGACAAGAAGGGAGAUGAGGACAUAGAGCAAGGUGAGAAUGAGGACAAGGAGAGAGAUGGAGACAAGAUAGGGGACAUGGGCAAUAAUGGAUAUGAAGACAAGAUAGAGUAUAGGGACAAGAGAGAUGAAGACCAGACAGAGGACAAGUACAAGGAGGGAAAUGAGGACAAGACAGAGGACAUGGGCAAUAUUGGAGAUAAAGACAUGACAGAGGAUAGGGACAAGAAGGGAAAUGGGGACACAAGGGAAGGUGAGAAUGAGGACAAGGAAGAAGAGGAAAACAAGACAGAGGACAAGGAUGAGGGAGAUCCAGACAAGACAGAAGACAAGUCCAAGGAGGAAGAUGAAGACAAGACAGAGGAUAUAAAGGGAGAUUCUAUGAAAAAAAAGGAUAAAAAAAAAAAGUGGGUAAAGAGGACAAGAAGAACAUAG